AAGCAGCCCCAGGACAGUGAACCUUUGGAGUUUGAUAUGAUGUGAUUACAGAGUCGCCCCAGUGACACGUUACCAAAUUCAGCAGAAUGAGGGUCUGAGUCUUCUGGGUGGUGAUCUCUGAAAUUGCUCAGUGAGCACACCUAAUUUUGCUGAUUUAUUGCUGAUAAUCACUCACAAUGGAAACCAAUCAAAAAUGCGGGGAUGGACUGACUGGUAUGCAGAAAGAGACUGCGCUGCGUGCUCUGAUCCAGCGCACAGGAUAUCACAUACACCAGGAAAAUGGCCAGAGGAGAUAUGGUGGUCCACCUCCGGGCUGGGAAGGCCCACCUCCAGAGAGAGGCAGUGAGAUUUUUGUGGGAAAGCUUCCUCGAGACCUCUUUGAGGAUGAAUUGGUGCCGCUCUGUGAAAAAUUCGGCAAAAUUUACGAAGUACGGAUGAUGAUGGACUUCAAUGGCAACAAUCGGGGCUAUGCGUUUGUUACCUUCUCCACAAAACAAGAAGCUAAGAAUGCCAUGAAACAGCUGAACAAUCAUGAAAUCCGGAAUGGAAGACUUCUUGGUGUUUGUGCAAGUGUAGACAACUGUCGUCUAUUUGUGGGCGGCAUUCCAAAGACCAAAAAGAGAGAAGAGAUCCUGGCAGAGAUGAAGAAGGUGACGGAUGGUGUCAUGGAUGUCAUCGUUUAUCCAAGUGCUGCUGACAAGACCAAGAAUCGAGGUUUUGCGUUUGUCGAGUAUGAGAGCCAUAGAGCUGCUGCCAUGGCCAGAAGGAAACUGCUGCCAGGGAGAAUUCAGCUGUGGGGUCAUCCUAUUGCAGUCGACUGGGCUGAACCUGAAGUAGAGGUAGAUGAGGACACCAUGGCCACGGUGAAGAUCCUCUAUGUUCGUAAUCUGACAUUGCCCACCACAGAGGAAACUAUAGAGAAAGAGUUCAACAGCAUCAAACCUGGUGCUGUUGAAAGGGUGAAGAAGAUCAGAGAUUACGCUUUUGUUCAUUUCUCUCAAAGAGAGGAUGCCAUCAAUGCUAUGAACGCACUGAAUGGAAAGGUCAUUGAUGGUUCUCCCAUUGAGGUCACACUAGCCAAGCCUGUGGAUAAGGACAGCUAUGUUCGGUACACCCGAGGCACGGGGGGUCGUGGCGGUACUCUGCUCCAAGGAGACUAUGCUUACACCGUAGGCCAGAUGUACGACCCCUCAGCAGCCUACCUAGGAGCACCAAUAUUCUAUGCCCCCCAUGCAUACGCAGCCAUCCCUAAUCAGUUCCGCUUUCCCAGUACCAAAGGGCACAUAAGUACCAGGGGGCUGGUGCGCUCCCCCUCUGUGAGAGAAAUUUACAUGAAUGUACCUGUAGGGGCAGCGGGCGUACGUGGUUUGGGUGGGCGAGGGUACCUCGCCUAUGCAGGCGUGGGUCGUGGCUGUGCCACGUACCAACUCAAGACAGACAAACACCACGACGACAAACUCUAUGACCUUCUUCCUGGCAUGGAGCUCACGCCCAUGAACCCAGUCACUCUGAAACCCCAAGGCAUCAAACACGCCCCACAGAUCUUGGAGGAUAUUUGCCAAAAGAAUAACUGGGGGCAACCUGUUUACCAGCUUCACUCUGCUAUUGGACCAGAUCAGAGGCAAUUGUUCCUUUACAAAGUCACCAUCCCAGCUCUGGCUACACAAUAUCCAAAUAUACAUCCGUUCACCCCCGCAAAGCUCUGCGCAUCAGUGGAUGAGGCGAAGCUGCAUGCAGCCGAACACACGCUGCAGAUCCUUGGUGUUCAGACAGAGGGCGCUGACGCUUCCGCUGCUGCGGCCGUCGCUGCUGCAUUUCCAGGUUAUACGAUUGCCAGCACCACUGCUACCCAGCUGAAACAGGCUGUUUCUCUGGGCCAGGACCUGACUGCCUAUGCAACCUACGAGGGUUACCCUGCCUUUGCUGUGGCAACCCGUGGAGAUGCAUAUGGAGUGUUUUAAAACCUUUAACUAACAGUCUCUGUAAUGUUAAUGUUAAUCUGUUCCAUUCUGUUGUGUUUCUAGGUUCAGUAGUGAUUGUUGUGUUUGUUUAGAGUUAUGAUAACUGUGUUUCUUCCGAAGUGUUUUUGAGGAUUUUUGCAAUAUUGAGGAAUAUGAGUCAUCUUUUGACUUAACUCAGGAAGAGGGACGCCUGAAGGCUGCCAACAUCUCAAUCCCAAAUGUUUCCAAACAUUUGUCAAAGCUUCAAUUUCCUUGAUUUAAACAAAACUUGUGUCAUAAAUUGUGGUCAUCCAGAAUGGUGACCCCAUCAGAUUUGAAUUUGGAUUUUAUUUUUAUUUUUAAAUAUCUAAAUUAGAGACAUUUAGGCUGGACCCUUGUUCAAUGCUGCCUGUUGCCUUUAAACGACUGCCUUUAACAAUUCAUUAUUACAACUGAAUGUAAUUUCGAAGCACAUAGUAAUAUCCCAUUGUGCUACAUGAAACAGACUUUUAUCCAGACAUUCGCUGCGUCCGAAAUGGCAUACUUCCCUACUAUAUAGUAUGUGAAAAACUACUACUUCCGGCGUUAUUCUGAAGUGCGCAUAUGAUGGACACUUUACUAUCUGAUGAGACCACAGGAGAGAAUUUAUGAAUGGAAGUGAAGUGACGCAACAGACACUGGUAGGUCUUGUGACAGCAGCAACAUGGUGGAUUUUGUACUUCCGGAUUUCAUAUGGAACACCUUUUUUAAAGGUCGUAAAGUAAAUUCAGAUGUAUAGCUACUCAGACAGUAUGCGAUUUCGGACGCACCAAAUUACCUUUAUAAGCUUUGGUACUGUAUUUAAAGUGGUUUGUUUUUGUGUUGUUUUUCUUUCAGUAUUUACAUUAACACCUAAGUACAGAGAGUUUUAACAGAUGAAACCCGUUCAUACGCUUUUGUAUGUAUCUGCAUGUUUUAUGAUCAUUUUAGAUACGGUUGACACUUUGUAUCUGGUUCAUUGAUAAGUAGUUUUGCUAUACUUUAUAAGAUAUUUACAGGCUUGCGACUAAUAUUUUCCGACUUCAUAGGUUUUCUAAGUGGGCGAUGUAAGAGCAAUUGUUUAAAUACACAUGGACACAUUUUUGUUAAAUAUUAAGAUGCCUUAAAGGUGACAGUAUUAAAGUUUGUGUAGCACUUAGAACUUAUUUUUAUACCUGAAUUCCAACUCUGUAUGAACUUUGUUAUUCGAUCAUGGUGUGUUUGAAAUAAUUUAUUAUCUAAGUGAUCGGCAUCAGAACUGGAGGGAUAAUUGAACGGCAUCAUCAGGACAAAAAAUAAAAAUAAGCUGAGAUCUUCAUAGUGCUACAAAUAGAGUUAUGAAAAUAUAAUUCUAGCAAAUCAACUAACUAUCAAUAAAUCAAAUUCACUUCUUGA